ACCCAGACGGGACCAUUUAUUAUGAGGUGAUUGAGGACCCAUCGAGAAAUUGGGUGCUCCCGAGGGGGAAGAAGGUUGUAUUGCAGUACAAUGCUGCUCUACAACCUGUAGGACGAGCCUGCAAUCGUUUUAGGCGGGCUGAGGGCAAGCUUAUCAGGAGCGGGUCCUACAUACAUAUGCGGGACGAAUGGGCGAGGGUAAAUAAGCAGAUUAAGCAGGCUAUGUGGGACGCGCUGAUGGAGGAUUUCUAUCUACCUGUAUCAGUGGACAAGCGUAGGGCGCAACAGGAAGCGUGGAACGAUAUUGGCCGUAAGCACCGCUCAUGGAAGUCGAGGUUCAAAACCAAACUAUGUAUUGGAGACAGUGACACGCCUGAGAGUAUCCGUGCGAGAAUGCCGGAUAAUUUUUUUGCGAAGUAUGACGCAGCAGAUGUAGAGUUCCUAAUGAGCGAUUGGUGCACUAAGCACAAAAGGGCAAUGUCUGAGCGGAUGAAGAGGAGAGGAUGA